AUGGAGUGGUUAACGAGCGCUGAGGGCCUGAAUACCCGUCAGGAGCUGGAGGCGUCCGUUCGUGAGCACCACCCUGACUUGCGUGAUGAUGAGGUCGACCUCAUUGUGGACGGUCGUCAACUACGCAUGGUUCGGGAGCGCGCGGCGGAGCAAGCACCUGCGAGCGGCCAGCAAGGAGGAACUGGUGUAGGAGGAGCUGUGCACGAAGCUCCAACUGCCGUGGGCAUUGGCGGAGGAGCUGUUGCACCGACCAUUGACACGGGAAUGAUCGGGGCGAGCUACGGUCAAUUCAAGUUCUCUGUGACGCCGCUGCUGGAGGGAAGGCACGACCUUACCGCGUGGGGCCGCACCAUCCGAGCGGAGCUGCUGACCAUUGGACAGGAGGUCCACAUGGCCACGUUUGCCGCCCACGUGCUAAAGGGCCUACCACUGGAGUACGGAUUUCUUCGCCGCAAGCUCGAUAUUUCCAGCCCUGACAUGAUGGUGGAACGCGUGUGCAGCGAGGUGUUGAUCGAGGAGCAGACUCUAUCCAUCGAAGAGAGUUACAAGCAGAUCACCAGCGAUGCAUCUGCUUUCGCGGGCGCUGUCAACACCAUCGUGGCUACAACGGGGGUCAACGGGAAGGAAGGAAAAGGGGGACGGGAGCAGACGGACAAGAAGAAGGACGGCAAGUGGGAGAAGAAGCGAGCCCCCUUGAAGGGGCGCUGCUACAACUGCAAUGAGGAGGGGCACAUGGCUGCCAAGUGCCCCAACAAGAAGAAAGAUACAACGCCCGCGGCAGCCGCGAACGUAGCUGAAGGAGACGGGAAGGGCGUGUCGCUCACUGUCGCGUGUUUGGCUGCAAAGUUGCUGGCCGACGACAAGGACUUGUGGUUUCUUGACUCAGGAUGCUCCCAACACAUGACCGACCGCAAGGAGUGGUUCACGGUGAUCCGUGACCCAUCUGCAACGAAAUCGGUCAAAGGGUUUGAUGGUUCUAUGCAGAAAGUUGCCGGUGUUGCAAUAUGCAACAAUACAGCAGCUACAGCGGCAUGCAAUGGCACGGCGGCUGAGGUGGCAGGCAAUGGUAUGCCUAAGACAUUUGCUGAGGUGGUGUCAAGCCCGCCGGAAGAGAAUGACGAAGCGGCCAGCCUCACAACAUAUGCGGUGGGGACCGAGGCGAUGCUCAACCUGCGACACACUCACCUUGAGAAUGACCAUGCUGGUGCGGUGCAGUGGACAGCCACAGACAGUGGCAUGCUAGGCAUGGACGUAGAGAAAGGAGGGGAGGACACGUUGAGCGCCUCCUCCCAAGAAGCCAAACUCACUCGUCAAACGCUUCCGCUGCCUGACGUGCGAGAGGGGGAGGUUCUUGGGAUGGUCCAUGGCCCUGAGCAGAAUCAGCCGCCGUCACGUACUGUCAUCAUAAUCCCAGUGCCGUCCAUGCAAGGGGGCGAACAAUCGUUUGAUCGUUUGGUUGACCCUGUGGGCAGCAAUGCAACCAUGGCACCGCCAGCUCUCUGCCCAUCCUUAGCUGCUGGCUUGGCACCUGUGGGACCAGAGGUUGGUCCCUCUGCGGAUGAACGUCGUGCAGCUAAUGAAGACAAGGAAGGAGAGGCAGCGGACCUGAAAUCGGCGGCAACCCAUGGGAAGGACCCCAUACCCACGGUUCCGCCCCUCUAG